AUGAGAAGGAAAGGAGGCAAGGUCCUGACGGCGCUGGCCGCGGCGGCGUUCGGGUUCGUCGUCGGCAUUUCUUUUCCGGUGGUGAUCACACCCAAGCUUCAGUAUGGUGGCAUGAUGCCAUGGUCGAGUAGCGGUGCUGCAAACUCCAGCAUCCUUGACAUGAGCAUACUGGGCAGACUACUAUGGUUUGCAGAGGUUGCAACAGCAAGAAACCCUGAAGAAGGAACGGAGAGGCGGCUGCCGCCGAGGAUCGUGGUUUCGGAGACUGAUCUUCACCUGCGCCGGCUAUGGAGAUCCCCAACACAGGACAGUGCGACUCGCAAAUACCGUCUUGCUCUCGCCGUGGGGUAUGACGAGAAAGCCAAUGUCAAUGCAAAUAUUCAGAAGUUCUCUGACAACUUCGACAUCGUGUUGUUCCACUACGAUGGCCGCACCACAGAGUGGGAUGAAGAGUUUGAGUGGUCCAAGGAGGUCGCGCAUGUCAGCGCAAGGAAGCAGACAAAAUGGUGGUUUGCCAAGAGGUUCCUGCACCCGAGCAUCGUGGCGCCAUACGACUACAUCUUCCUAUGGGAUGAGGACCUCGGUGUCGAGAAUUUUACCGCGGAAGCGUACCUCGACAUCGUGAGAAAGCACGGGCUUGAGAUCUCGCAGCCAGGGCUAGACGCGGCCAAUGGGACGACCAAUUAUGAUGUCACUAUCAAGAGAAACGACAGCGAGAUUCACAAGUUCGUCGAGGUGAUGGCACCGGUCUUCUCAAAGGAUGCUUGGAGAUGCGUGUGGCAUAUGGUCCAGAAUGACUUUGUGCAUGCAUGGGGUCUUGACUCCAAUUUCUGGAGAUGCGUCCAUGACCCUGAAGAGCAGAUUGGUGUCGUAGAUGCGCAAUACUUAGUCCAUCAUGCGGUUCCCACACUCCAAGGCCAGGGUGAGAAAGAAAAGGAAGGAGGCCGUUCCAAGGUAAGAGCGCGUCAAUUUGAGGAGAUGCACGCCUUCCGCUCCAGAGUCUCCGACGCAGACGACGAACUCGCCAAUAGAACAUCAUCAAUACAGAACUAGUACAGACGGUUACUUGGCAGAGUAUACACAAUUAGGUCAAUAAUUAAACGGUUUGACUUUUUUGAAUAGAGAAGGAUAAGAUGCAUUAGGUGACAAUAUUCAUUCUUUAUGUUUCGAAUCAUCAAGUUUUGUGUUGCUUAUUAACACUAGUUCAUGUGAUAAAUAUAUUGUUUCUCAAGCAACCGGCAGCUACCUUCAUUCGUCGUUUAUUCACAUAUUGAUUGAUUUCUCA